CUCAAUUUGGUGGUCGGCGAAAGGAAAAUUUCGCGCUCCAUCAUGAAUUUAUUAGUGAAAAUCGUUUUUCUGAUCACCUUCGGGGUACUCAACACGUUCCUUUACGUACAGGCCAACUCUCUAGAGUACGAUGGCUGGCUGAAUAUAGCUCUUUAUCACGCGUUGGACUACGACGAACCGACCAAGUUCACCCUCCGGGGUAACGUGACCAUCACGAACCGUAACACGGGUCUGGCAUCGGUCGCCCAGGAACCGCUCUCACUGCAGGAUCGCAACAAGCUGAAGCGUCUGGCACAGGAGAACCGUCUCUAUCGAUUGCAGGCGCACGUUACCGAUUCCGACGGUGUGACCACCUUCCUGACCUCCUCCAAAGCGUGCGCUCUGGCCAAAUCACAGCUCACGGAUGUGCUGUGGGUUUCCCUCGAUCAUACCGGCACGGUAACCGGUGUCACGCAAUCCGUCAGCAACGGUAACACAAACAACUGUCUCGACCUGACCGCCACCGACGUGGAUGUGCUUGAUGAGUUCAAUACCGACGUGUACGUGAAACACACCGAAUCCGCACCCAUUCCCGAUACGGCCAGCUUCAUCCAGAAGAUGGAACGCGAGCGAGAAGCCAGGGAACGCGGUGAAACGAAGGACAAUCGAAGCUUCUUCGCGAAAUAUUGGAUGUAUCUCGUGCCGGUGGUCAUUCUGUUACUCAUCUCUGCCACCAAUCCGGAAGCCGGACAGCAACGUUAGGGCUAAGGCGUAAGUGCCGUGACUGCCGAGCCGUAUUGUGAAACCAAAAAAACAAAAAAUAAAACGCCAACCUGGUUACUGGUUCACUAAA